GCGCACAUUUAUUAGUUUAAACUGAAUUGUUGACUGAACUGAGCGCCACCCGGAAGCCUCCAACUAGACUGCGAAACGAGAAACCCAGAAACUACGAAAGUGCCGUUUUUCGGCGGAAAAGGGGUGUGUAGUGCGUGCGUGCGAAGGGUGUUGGCGUGUUUUGAGUUUGUGGAGUGCAGCGCGUGCGUCUCGCGUACGCGGGUGUGUACAGCGUGCAAUGACAACUGCCCAGAAGAAGCUGGUCAGGUCCAAGAGCGGCCUCCGAAUCGUCACAGUGGGUCACGAAGAGCUCAGUCCUUUCCAUUUGGACGAGCCUCCGUGGACACCCGACCGAGAGACCGCCGAUUGCUGGCGUUGCCGCUCCAAGUUCGACUUCAUAACUCGCCGCCACCAUUGCCGUCGCUGUGGCCGCGUGUACUGCAGCAGCUGCUGCAGCCGUAGGCUUCCCUUGCAGCGCAUGUGCUUUGUGGACCCCGUACGCAUCUGUCAUGACUGCAGUCCAGCGACGCUGCGGGAGAACGACUUCUACGACAGGCACCUGCGCCUGCUCCUCGCUGGUGCGCCCUUCCUCGUCACGAUCGUGCCCGACGCGGGUGCAGCCCUGCCACACUGCUGUCGACUCUCCCCUGACCAUCGCAUCCUCGAGAUGGAAAAUGUUCAGAGCAAGGAGUGCAUAGAAAUUCCUUUGGCCAGCAUAUGCACUUACCGAAUCCUCAGGCCCAACAGCCCCGGAAUGACCAACUCGACACGGAGUCCUUUGACGAGCGAUGGUGGCCUGAGCGGUGUCAUGAUUGGCUACAGGCCGCAUGGAGUGGCACAAGGGGCAGGUGAGGAGCAGCAGGAUACAACAACGGAGCUUGCACAAACGCUCUUGCACCUCGGUCUAUCGCCUGCACCUGAGGCUGCCGCACAGGGGGCCCUCUGGAUUGUGGCACUCAACAAGGCUUUCCGGAUGAUCCACAGUCCGGACGUAUCGCCAGAAUGACUUCAGCAGGGCCCGUUCCUCAGCCACGGCGGGCAUUUCCUGCUACUCCAACCUCGCUGACUGGCAGUCCAGACAUCGUGAUGUCCAUGGUGCUGUUUCUGCUCAGAUUUUCGGACGUUCAACAUAUCUAUGUGGUGCUGCCUUUGUGGAUUUUGUACAAUUGGGGGCAGAUGUCCAGAUGUUGCCAGGACUUCAGUGUCACACACUGGCGUUGGGAUGUCUGGCUCAUGCACUGUUGUGUGCAGAGAAAAGAUUGCUCGUCCUGAGCCUGUAAGCUACAUGGCUGCAAUUUUUCAAUAUUUCUUAGGCUCUUGUGGCUACCAAUAUUUUGCUUUUUGUCAGGUACGUUACAUAUUGUUCUGCGAUACAUUUGAUGCCGAAUUAUGCGUCGCUUUGAUAUGCGUUAUACAGUGCCCGAAAUGUACAUUGGAUGUCCUGUGCGAUAGUACGGGCAUGUGGUGAAUUCUAUAAGGUACCGUAAUAAUCAAAAUGAGUGCACUGUAAGUAGUCUUAAAAUUGUUGAGGAUCUGAGCAACUUGCACGAAGCUGGCUCCAUAGUUUAGUGCCAUGUGCACCGAAAGCACAUGACAUCUACCACCACCCAUUGCUUGGCUGUCUGGAAUAGGUGGAUCACCAUGUAGUAUGAAGUAUGUUUUGCAACAGCGCAAGGGCUUUUUCAGUUCCUGAUGCGAGUUUUUAGUUCUUGUCUGCGGGCUGAAUUUUCAUGAAUCCUGUAUGUUUUGUUUUAAAUCAACAUUACAAGGAAUGUUUCAUACUUACUUCUGCUUGGUUCUCGCUGAAAUUUUCCAUGUAGAGUGCAUAUUUUGAUUUGCAUCAGACAUCAAAACACUUCGUAUUUUUGCUUGUACUAUAACUUUGUUCAAAUCUUGUUUGCUGGUAGGCGACAAAGCCAAUUCAUGUAAGUGUCUGCAGCAGGUUGGGGCAGAAAUUGUGUGGUGCAAAGUUCUGAGUAAAAGGAAUCUUAUGAAAGAUUCUGCCAUCAGCUUUGCAAUAGAAAUGCUGGUCAAUGUACAUUACUGCAGUAAAAAUGCUAGCAAUACCAUAACUUUUCUCACUCAUUUACUGCAUUCAUGCCUAAAUAGAGAAACCUUCACGUCAUGUUCUUGGUGUUUGAUGCAUAAAAAUGGCUUCCAUUUAGGUCAUGUGCGAACUAAAUUCGAAUAGAAACAGUAUGAAGCUUUCGUUUUACUUGUGGACGAGUGCAUUUAGCCCGUGAUGGGGGCACAAACACUUCAAAGCUUUGAUUCUUUGGUUUUCUCAAUUGCAAACUUUGUUAUUGUGUAUCAUUUGUGCAUUUUCGGCGAGAGUGUUGGGAAAUACACAGCACCCCUGCAACUUCCACUGUUAAACGUAGCAGCCACUUGCUUCAAGUGACACGAGGGGUCUGGAAUGCUGUAUGACAUCACAGAAUUUUUACCUUGGCUUCUUUUUUUGCGUGCAUGCAUUUUUUUUCUGGACGUGCUUUAUUAUACAGUAAAAAAUCAUUUAUUCAAACCCCGUUAACUUGAAAAUUCGGUUAACUCAGACUCACGGCACUGUCCCCUCAAAACUGUGCAUUCUUCAUUCAGUGAUGCCAAAUGCUUGUUAAUUUGGAGGGAUCUAGUCGUGCACUGAUUCACUCAAAGAACUCUGGAAAGGGCUGUUGGGACUCCAUGCUUUUAGUUGCGUGGUCUCUGAGGCUUGGAAGCUCAAGCACUGCUUGCCUUAACCAACUGUGCAGCCGGUGUUUUUUAGAAACUGAAACUGGAGGAACAACUGUAGCAGAAUAUGAUCAUGAUGAUAGGGAAUGAGGAGGAAGUAGCUAGGAGGUGCCAAUCACAUCCGGCCGAAGCGCUUGGGUCAUCGGCACACUCAGUGUCUACUCAAAACGGAUAACAUGGACGACAGGGCUGUUUGUGCUACCGCUGCCACCCCAGCUGCGCCCGACGCCUAUGCUGCUGCUUUCUCUGUAGUUUGACAUUGCGUAUAGCGUGCAGGCUCGUGCAUGUUGCAUUCUCCAACUGUGCUUGCGUGCGUUGCUGCUUUAUAGUGAUGGCAACCAUUGCCAGAGUGAAGUGGCCACAGCAGCUAGCAAACGAUCUAAAAAAAGAUGCGAAUGCAAGUGUUUCUUAAUAGAAGAUAAUGAAAAAGUACGACGUUGAGGGAAGCAGGCAAGGAGGGUUGAAGCACCUGAUGGGGCUGAAGAAGGUUGUUCUAGCAGGAAUUCUGACAAGGCAGACAAACUAAUGCAGUUUUUUUAAAUAAAGGUUUGUCUGUGUCGAGUACAUUCUUUUUUUGUUUUGAUAGCCCAUUCAAUAAUCCGAACUUCGGUUAACUCGGACUUUUUCGCCGUUUCCGUGAGAUCUGGGUUAAUGAUGUUUACAGUAUAUAUAUUUUUUUCACAACUUGCCUACAUUUUCAAAUAACAUCAGCUGGUCACCUCAGCAGUAUUGUGACUGUACCAAUCUUGUCAAUUCUUAUAAGCAGAUCAUACUCCAUAAAACAACAGGUCUUUCACUUUCUCAGCUGAGCUUCUGCCAAACUCUGCCAUUGCAUGGUACAUUACGGCUGCUAGCUUGCGGCAUUUGUAUGUUCAGUGAAUAAUUUGUCCCAGUGGGGAGAAAUGAUGCAUGGGGAAACUAAACACAGCUUCCUGACAGCAAGUGCCACCCAAAGAUGCCAGUAUAACCUUCCAUUAUAACAGGAAUGAGAAUUUAAAUGGCAAAGUUAGUUGAACAGAGCUGCAAAUACACUCAAACUUUAUUAUUACAAGAUUAAAUCCUACAACAAAGUAAGUUUAUUAUAUCUGAAAAUUCGUUAUCAAGGUUACUCCUCUCACGAUCUAUUGCAAGACUAUUUUUCAUUUACUUCGUUAUAAUAGAAUAUUUACUACAACAGUGUUAGUUAUAUUGAGGUUUCAGUGUAUAACCCACUUAUAAUGGCAGCUCUGCUUAUCUAACUUUGCUAUUUAAAUUAUCAUUCCUGUGGUAGUUUCUCGGUGUUGAUGCGGCUAAGUUUUUCUUUUCUUUGCUUCUCCCAUAGUAGCAGAUGCAUAUGCUUGAAAGCCGUUCUCAACAAAGAAUAUGUCUCCUCAAUUUGUUGUUCCACACUGCAGCAUCUGACUACGAGAGAGGCUGCAUGUCUCCGUGCUAAUUGGCUAAAAGCAGUGCUUGAUGAUAAGUAAGUUAGGUUUGUCACAUAACCUUCCUUAUUGGUCACACGUCUAAUGGCCCCACUUGUAGCACCAUUAGAGGUUUUCAGCUGGUCCAUCCAAAUUGCAGAAGAAAACUAUCACAGGGCACCACAGACAUCUUGCAUUGCAUAAUGCGGCAUCUAAUGAGGUCUUGCAAUCAGAAGUAGUUUUCCGAAUCAGCAUUGGUUUAACAAAUAAGAAUGAAUUGGGUUUGACUGCUGUGUAAUGGCUUGAUUGGAGCAGCCGUUCACAUUUAGUGUUCUGAACUUUAACAGCCAGUGUACAUGUUUUGCGUGCACCACAUACUUUGAUUUAUUUCCAUGUUCAGAAACUGCCUUUGGUAUUGCCUUUUUUUGCAAGAAUGUUAUCUUCAUGACAUGCAAAAUGUGCAACAUUUACUGAUUCGUGUAGUACCGAGAAGUAGCAACAUUUAGAAACAGAAGUUUCCUUGUAGGUAUCACAAAAACAAGGGACAGGUGCAACAUCUGUAGGGCAUAGUAUCAAGCUGUAUUUCACAAUUUGCAGUGCUACGAUGGUAGUCGAGAACAUUGUGGUAAUGCCGGAUAUUCCCGUUAGAUGUUUUACCGCAUGUCUUCCAGCUGAAUUUUUGUGAUGUUUCAUCCAUUGGGCAGCAGUAUUGAUUAAAAGUUGGUGCUCAUUUAUAAAAUCUGGCAAUGGCAUCAGCUUCACCAAAACGCUCAUUUGCUCUGGACGACAGCAGCCUCAUAGCACCAGAAGACAGUAGCAUUGUACAUGGCCUGCUGCUGUGAAUACCUGUUGCUUUCUGUUGAAGGAAUACUGACAUCACUUUGAGGCACCCCAAAAGGCACAUCUUUCAUUUCCAUGAUGUGCGUUGUCAUCGCUCUAUGCUCAUCGGGGCCAGACAAUGCGUACAAAAUAUUGUAGUUUGAUUUUGAAGUUUGUUGUGAAGUGUCUGCAAGCCAGCCCCACUGCAAUGGACCUUAUCACGACAAGUCAACACAGUAGCUGGAUUUGUAGAAGGUCUUGCACACAGUAGAAGGUCUUGCAUGCAGUCUGAAUCACGGAAGUCACCGUCAAAGUCUCUGGACGACAAUAAACUUAUCGUUGUUUACAUCAACUACGUGGCAGUGACAGUAAAUGACCGAACUGGUGCUGGUAUUUUGCGAGUUUCAGUUUUCCCGUUAUGUUGGACCCCUCUUUACACGUCAUUGCGAAGCCACUGUCUCAAAUACUGAAAUCGAAAGGGCCUUUUUAAGGUAGUGGUAAUAAAAAUCGAUUCAAUUCAUUCCCAGGUGCCACGGCACUUUUUUGGGGUUCUUGACACCUGCUUUUUUAUUUAGAGCAACUACCCAAAAAUAUUUCAAAUUCGUGUCGGUACUCUUUUAAAGGGGCCCAGCAAGACUUUUUGAGCAUGGUCAGAAAACACUGCCGAUCGGUAGUAGAGGCUCCCGAGAACACGCGAGCCGAAUAUUAUAGCGUAGCACGUGGCCUAGAAUGCACAAUAAAUUAUCAGUCAGCUUAAAAUUGCUUUCUCUUCUCUCAUCAAAUCUCAAAGAUCACUCGUAGAAGGCCAUCUGUCAGCCAAUGGAAAUCAUGGCGCGCUCGGCCGUUACAAAGAUCACUCUAGGAGGCCACGGCCUGUCCAAGCGUGAUCACCCUGAAGAAGCCGUGUAUUCAAAGAAAAAAAAAAAGAAAAAAUACUUGAGGUCAUGAGGCGCACGCGCUUUUUUUCCUUGCCUAUCCCAUCCCUCCUUUCUUAGCUUCCAACGCUUUCGUUGGGAUGAGAAGAGAGAAUGCGAUUGCAGCCUAUGACAAGUCAUUGGUAACUCCACUCGUACCGGACAGACUCUUCAAAUUUUCGUGGUGUUGAAUUCAAGAGGCAAUAAGCUCUUUUAGUGAAUUCGUUCCACGGUUGCUUGAAAAAGUGUUUAGGGCCCUUUUACCCACAAUGCUUGCAUACUUUAAUGAAUUUUCAAAUUUAACUUCGCAAGUGUUUUACCAAGACAAAAAAAAAAAACUCAACAUGCUUAAAAGCUCCACUCAAGAUAUAUUUGGGGCAGUUUUGAAAAAUUUCAGGCUCUACGCAGCCAUUGGGCUGCUGUUGCUGGGAUUUCCAUGGAGUUUAUUCGGACAAUUAGUGUGCGACUAAUUGUCUUCAAUAUAAACUGAAAUGCUGCCAUCAGCAAAUUCUUUGUAGGUCAAAAGUUAAUUGCCUUUAAAAACCUAUAUUGCAAAGCUUAGAUGAGAGACCUAAUGAAGAAAAGACUAAAAGACUGGUAGUUUCUCGAAUGAUCAUUGAAUUUAACCAGGCUCUUUAAUAUGUGCAGGGGCCAUGCAAAUUUUCGGCUAUGAUACCCGUGAUAUGUGUAUAUACAUGAUUUUUCUUCAAUCAAAAAUGGUUUAGAAACAAUCUAAUUCUUGAAGCUUAGCUACAUUUCCGUAUGCUACUUGAGUUUUUACAUUGCAGUUAAAGCCCUUUAUGAGAGGCAUGCUCUGGGCAGCAGUUCUUCUGUUUUGUGUGAGGUGUCUCUUAUAAGCAGGUUAUCACGUAUACAUUUUCUCAUCAACCUGUCUUUUACUGCAGGUGCACUGGUGUCUCUUAUACCCAUUUGUCUCUUAUAUCAGUAUCUAUUAUAACGGGUUUGGCCGUAAUACUUCAGCAAGGUACAUACCAUGCUAAGAAAGCUGUUAGUGUGAAGAGCUAAUAAAGAAAAUCCCCCAGUUAAUGAUGAAGAGCCCCGCGUUCGUCUGCUCAUAAUUUGGGCCCACAGGCUUGGGCACCUCUGGCUGUUCAACUCAUCAUUACAUAACGUGCACAAAUGAAAUGAGUGGCAUUGCUAAUAUUGGUUUAAUGCUUCUGUGAAAUUUGUCAGAAUUUUUCAGAUUUCCUGGCUUAUUGCCUCUAGAAACCUGCAGCUAGUCACUUGCAUCUUUCCAGUUGUUUUUGUGAUGGAAAUAAACUAGGGGCAUGUUGUGAUGAUGCUGUAAGGACCACAUUGCUGAGGCCUUUAUGCAUAUUGAGGGAGCAUCCCUGCGCUUUGCAUGAAGUUUUGGAAGCUUGACUCACUUCGUGCAAUAUAAACAUGAUAGUGUUGUCUUUCCACAUCAUUUUAUCGACGUUAUUUGCUAUCAGUCUUCGGCCAAAACCAUGAGUGUCCAACACAUUCGUCAGCAGUUUUUGUCGUUUGCUCCUGCGAAACCCUGCACAGCUUUCUGGCAUGUGACUAAAGCUGAAAUUAUCUGAGAAGGCCGAUUUAUGAGAUAUCAUGUACGGUUUCCUUUCAUUGACAUUUAUGCCUUGUGGCAUCUUUUCAUAUAAGCAGUGCUGCGCGUGUUUGAUCAUCUCAUGAAUAGCCUCGUGGUUUAUUAAUGGCGAAAUUCAGUGAAGCUCGUUUGCACGAAAAUUUCUCAAAUGUCAUAGCCCCCGUUUAAUGUCGUGUUUGAUAGAGCGCUCUGCCACUUGCACUAAGUGUAGAACGAUCCUCAGGUGAGCUCUUAGUGUGAGGAAUUGUGAAAUCGGGUUAUUUAUAAGGACGUUAACAUGGCACCGAUGUGACUGAUCUUAGAAGAACUUGUUGUUUUCAGCGACAUGUGUCGACAUCUGUCAGUGCACUUGCAUAACCAGCUUGUGCUUUUCCUUUGAACAUGUUGUUCAGCUGUUAAGUUAUAGGUACGUAGGUAGAUUCUGCUAGCUUGUGCAAGUAAUGGACUCUAAGUGAAAAGCCAGCACAGCGUCAUAUCCACAACCAUUUUCUUGUACUGGUGUAAAAAAUUAAUGUUUUUGUGUCCGUGCUUGUGACCUGUACUUAUAGAUUUGUCAUUGCAAAUUCUUUGUCAUAUUCAUAUAGGGUGAACGAGAUUGGCAGUGUCACUGAAUGUGGUGCGAGAGAAAUGCACAACUGUACAUUGCCUUCCUGGCAUGAAAUUUUAAGACUGUAUGUGGCGCUACACACUAUUCUGUGCGUUGUCACACAUUUUGUUGAUUGAACAAGUUUAAGAGUACUUUCAACUGUCCUAUAUUUCUGCUCCAAAAAUUUCUUUAACAUAGGUGUUUAGCUUCGAAACUGCCUAAUUGUUAAGAACAGAAAUUGUUGAAGCAUAGUUUUUUUUUUGUUGUUGCAUAUACACUCAAAGCUCACUAUAACAGAGCUGCAUUUUACACAAAAAUAAUUUUAUAUAUAUUGAAAGAUUGGUAUCAAUGUUUAUCCCUAAUGCUACAUCUAUUGCAAAUAUUUUUCAUGUACUUCGCUAUAAAUGCACCGCUUUUUUGUUAUACUAUAGUAGACUCUUAAUAAACACAACCUGAAGGAACCAGUAAAGUGUGUUCCAUCUAACAAGAGUUCCGUUUACUCAGAGAUGAACAGGGGCACUUGAUUGCAAGAACCAAACCCAUCUUGUCAGAAGCAUUUGUUCCGUUUAAGCAGUAGUUCUGUUAUAUAUAUUUCCGUUUACUGAGAGUCUAGUAUCUCUGUUUAUUAUAUUUAAAUUUGAGUGGAUUGCCAUUUCUUUCUGUUCUGUGUACUUCAUGGUGUAAGGGACUGUUCUGCCUACUGUGAUCAUGAAGCCAAAAUUUGAACAACGAAUUAAGCACACCUGAAGUGUUCGGUGGGGAUGUUUUAAUGUAUUUUUUUUUGUGUGCCAGCAUAUUGUACGUUAUGCUUCUUUUUUUUUUUUCAGUUCUAGCAAUGUUUCAUCACCACCAGAAAUUUUUUUUUUCGGUAAUAUAUAGCUCAGUUUACAAAUGUGUGUCAUUGUAAGGCUAACCAACAUACAUAUGUCUGUGUCUUCCUCGAUCCACUUCAAGUAUUCAAGAUGCUAAUUAUUUUCUUGCCCUGAUACACAAAGGGAUGAUAUUAAAUAAGUGCCUUAACGAGUGUACCUGUCAAUUUGUGUUGGUGUAGUGUACAGCGAUUACUGCUAUGAUAUAACAAGCUCUGUUUCCAUGCGCACGUGUUCCGUACAUUCACAACGUGUACAGCCGUGAGAAAAGUAUACGGACCAUUGCCGUUUUUAUACCUCUGACGUCUGCACUAUCUAUUGGCAUGUCCUCAGCUGUAGAAAGCAUUUCUUUGGUGACUUCUGUCAAGAGUAAUGCUCUCUAAAGCAGAUGGCUCGCCACUGAAGGGCUUGGACAAGGAUAUCUGCUCGCGUUUACAUAAUAUGUGCUUUUUCUCAUGAGUGUACUUCAUGCGACGUCUUCUUGAGCAUAGAAAUUCGUAACCAACUUAUUGUAGUGUUCUAUAGCAAGCUUGUGUGCAAUGUUACCAACAUUAUCCUACUGUUUACUCGGUGUACACAACACCUGCUUCACAUGCGCCAAUAAAAAAGCCGCAUCGUUGGUUCAU